UGGACAGGACCAAGGAUGAUAGAGGAGAAACCUGCCAGAAUUCCAAACAUACAUGCUGAAUCCUUCUCUCUCAUAUCAAAAUAACUUUGCUCUCACGAUGUCAUCAAGACAUGAGGUUCCUUCAGAUAUCAAUGUGGAUACGUUCCACAAUAUCCUCAACUCUUCCUCCCCAUCCUCACCAACUCAGUCUUGCAGCAUAGACGAGUCCUACAAAUACAUCUUCCUUCCCAUUUGUUAUUCCUUCACAUUCAUCUUUAGCAUCUCUCUUAACUCUGUCAUCCUCUACCGUUCUUUCCGUCGGACCAAACGCUGGAAUGCUUCUUUAAUAUACAUGGUUAACCUGGCCUCUACAGACUUUAUGUACGGCCUGUCGCUGCCAUUUCUUGUAGGAAGUUACAUAAUGCGUGACCGCUGGGUUUUUGGGGACUUCAUGUGCCGUGUGGUUCGUUUUCUCUUCUACUUUAACCUCUACUGCUCCAUCUUCUUCCUCACUUGUAUCUCUGUGCACAGAUACCUUGGCAUUUGCCAUCCAAUGAAAGUGAUAACACUGGAGACCAAGAAGGCUGUCAAGUGCACUUGUGUCCUUGUUUGGAUAAUAGUAUUUGCUUUGACUUGCCCCAUCUUCCGUUUUGCUCAGACUGGUCAUGUGACAAGAUUAACAGGGUUUGGAAGCAAUGUAAGUAUUGACAACCCAAAGUACCAGAACUGCUGGGACGAUGCCAUUGAUAAGGAGUUUCCUGAUUAUGUACCCUAUGGCAUCACACUCCAUUUGCUGGGCUUUUUUGUGCCAUUUUCCAUAAUCGCUUAUUGUUACUCUCACGUAGUUCUGACCAUAUUUAGGACACUGCAUUCUCAGCCCUCACUGUGCAGAAAUCCAAUGGAUGCAUGCAUGGAGAGAAGAGAUGGGAAAGCCUCAGCAGUUGUUAGAACGGGAAGAAAACGAAGCAAUGGAUUGCAGAAGAUGGCGGGACGAGAUGAAGGGAUUUCCAUUUCGCUUGGUGCUCACUCCCCAUAUGCCAGUCGAAGGCGUAAAUCUAUCAAAACUAUUAUCACUAUCACACUGCUAUUUGCUCUGUGCUUCUUCCCCUUUCAUGUUACCAGAACCAUCUUUCUUUUGCUGAAAGUGACCAAGAGAGUUCCCUGUCACACCAUGACGGCAGUCUCUAUGUGCUAUAAGAUUACCAGACCUUUAGCAUCGUUCAAUGCAUGGCUCAAUGCCCUUCUUUACUUUCUGACUAAAGAUAAAGGAGGAGCUCACUGCUGCCAAGCAGUAAACACCCCUACCCAGCAGCAUGCUAUGUUACGGUUGCCACUAAGAGUGAUGGGAAAAGGAGAGGGUGAAGUGGACAGAGAAAUGGAAGACCGUAUUGAGAAAAAAGAGAAUAAAGCAUGUCAAAGUCCAUCAUAUAUGAACAGAGCAAAAGUUAAAUAUAUAGCUGAAUGA